UGCAAAUUCUGAUCUCCUCUCUCUCUCUCUCUCGCAAAAAGCAUAGAAAAACCCAUAUCUUUCUCUCAAUGGCCCUUCUCUUCAGAGACAGGGGCCUUGGAGACUCGAAAAGAGAAAUGGGUGGCAGCGCCCGCAUCCCCGCCGCUGAACUCCCCUCCCCCUUUGGGGAAUUGGGCUGCAGCCUUUCCGACGCCGAGCUUCGAGAGACUGCCUACGAGAUAUUCGUCGGAUCCUGCCGGGCUUCAGGUGGAAAGCCAUUGACUUUCAUUCCUCAAUCCGAGAGAUCUGAGAAGGCGCUGAAUUCGUCGCCGUCUUCAAUCUCGCCUUCUCUGCAAAGAUCCCUGACUUCUACCGCGGCAAGCAAGAUGAAGAAGGCGCUGGGGUUGAAAUCUUCAUCUUCUAAGAAGAGUCCGGCGAAGGAGAACAGCCCGUCCAAGUCAAAGAAGCCGAUGACGGUCGGGGAGCUCAUGAGAGUUCAGAUGAGGGUUUCGGAGCAGACGGAUUCGAGGAUCCGGCGGGCUCUGUUGAGGAUUGCGGCAGCGCAGCACGGUAGACGGUUUGAGCAAAUGGUAUUACCGUUAGAGCUGUUGCAGCAGUUCAAGGCUUCUGAUUUUCCUGAUCAGCAGGAAUAUGAAGCCUGGCAAUUUAGGAAUUUGAAGGUCCUCGAGGCUGGACUCCUUAUGCAUCCUCUUCUCCCACUAGAAAAGUCAGAUCUUCAUCCACAACGGCUUCGGCAGAUUAUACGUGGAGCUUCUGAAAAGCCCCUAGAAACAGGAAGGAAUUCUGAUUCUAUGCAAGCCUUGCGCAGUGCUGUUAUGUCUCUUGCAUGCAAAUCGUUUGAUGGGUCAGUUGCUGAUGUAUGUCAUUGGGCAGACGGGUAUCCACUGAAUAUCAAACUAUACCAGAUGCUACUAGAAGCUUGUUUUGAUGCUAAUGAGGAAACAUCAGUUAUAGAAGAGGUUGAUGAUGUUAUAGAAUUAAUCAAGAAGACAUGGCCAGUCCUGGGCAUGAAUCAGAUGCUUCAUAACCUUUGCUUCUCAUGGCUUUUAUUCAAUCGUUUUGUAGCGACCAGCCAAGUAGAAAAUGAUCUGCUGUUUGCAGCUGACAAUCAGUUGGCUGAAGUUGCAAAAGAUGCAAAGGCUACAAAGGAUCCAGUGUAUGCUAAGAUAUUGAGUUCAACGUUGAGUUCAAUAUUAAGUUGGACAGAAAAACGGCUUCUUGCCUACCAUGACACCUUCCAUCCGGGUAAUAUUGAUUCGAUGCAGAGUAUUGUUUCUUUGGGGGUUUCGGCAGCAAAGAUACUAGUUGAAGAUAUUUCUCAUGAGUAUCGCCGCAGGAGGAAAGAAGAAGUUGAUGUAGCUCGCAAUAGGAUUGACACUUACAUCAGGUCAUCGCUCCGCACAGCUUUUGCUCAGAGAAUGGAGAAGGCAGACUCGAGCAGGCGAUCAUCUAAAAACCAGCCAAACCCGACCCCAGUUCUUUCCAUCCUUGCAAAGGACAUUGGUGAUUUAGCUACUAAAGAGAAGGAAGUGUUCAGUCCGAUACUGAAGAGAUGGCAUCCUUUAGCUGCGGGUGUGGCUGUUGCUACCCUUCAUGCUUGCUAUGGGAAUGAAUUCAAACAAUUCAUUUCCAGUCUCACGGAGCUGACUCCUGAUGCUGUACAAGUAUUGAAUGCUGCAGACAAGUUGGAGAAAGAUCUCGUGCAGAUUGCCGUUGAAGACUCAGUCGACAGUGAAGAUGGCGGGAAGGCGAUUAUUCGUGAGAUGCCUCCUUAUGAGGCUGAAUCUGCCAUGGCCAAUCUGGCGAAAAUAUGGAUAAAGACAAGGGUGGACACACUAAAGGAAUGGAUUGACCGGAACUUGCAACAAGAGGUUUGGAACCCAAGGGCGAACAAGGAGAGCUUUGCUCCCUCUGCUGUUGAAGUUCUUCGAAUAAUCGAUGAAACGUUGGAUGCUUUCUUUCAGCUGCCCAUACCGAUGCAUGCAGCCUUGCUUCCUGACCUGUUGACUGCACUCGAUAGAAGCAUGCAACAGUACAUAUCCAAGGCAAAAUCUGGCUGUGGAACAAGAAGUACGUACAUUCCUUCCAUGCCUGCAUUAACCCGAUGCACAAUGGGAUCAAAGUUCCAAGGUGUAUGGAAGAAAAAAGAGAAAUCACAAAACUCCCAGAAAAGGAAAUCCCAGGUUGGGACACUGAAUGGCGACGAUUCAUUUGGAUUACCACAGCUUUGUGUCCGCAUGAACACACUUCAUCACAUCCGGACUGAGUUGGAGGGCUUGGAGAAACGCAUGGUUACUUAUCUGCGGAACACAGAAUCUGGUCAUGGGGACAUUGCAAACGGGGUGGAAAACAAGUUUGAGCUUUCAAUACCUGCUUGUCAGGAAGGGAUCCAACAGCUCUGCGAGGCAACGGCGUACAAGGUGGUAUUCCAUGAUCUAAGCCAUGUUUUAUGGGAUGGUUUGUAUGUUGGAGAUGUGGCAUCUGCAAGGAUUGAACCCUUUCGGAAAGAGCUUGAUGCGAAUCUUGAACUUAUAUCAUCCACUGUGCAUGAUCGGGUGCGUAACCGAGUGAUUACGGCUGUGAUGAAAGCUUCCUUCGACGGGUUUUUGAUGGUGCUUCUUGCCGGUGGUCCAUCCCGUACUUUCAUUCGCCAAGAUUCUCAAAUCAUAGAGGAAGAUUUCGCGAUUAUCAAAGAUCUGUUUGUGUGUAAUGGAGACGGGUUGCCAGAGGAGUUAGUAGACAAGGGCGCUGCGCAGGUGAGGAAUGUUCUUCCCCUCUUCCGUGCCGAUACUGAGAGCCUAAUUGAGCGGUUCAGACGCUUGAUGUCAGAGGCUUAUGGUCCAUCUGCGAAAUCUAAGUUUCCCUUACCUCCAACGUCGGGCCAUUGGAAUCCAAAUGAGCCGAACACAAUUCUACGAGUCUUGUGUUGUCGGAAUGACGAAGCGGCUUCUAAGUUUCUUAAGAAGACCUACAACUUGCCCAAGAAACUGUAACAUGUCAAAAUAGUACAUAGAAACUGCAAGAACCACGUUUGGUCUAUAUUGCUAUGAGAAUGGAAUUUUCUCUGAGUUCUCACCGACCCAUGUCCCAGUGUAAAGCACUUGUAGAAGCCAGACCCAUGUAUUGUUCUGGAACCUCUUUGCCUUCUCUAUUUUUGCUCACCAUUGCUGUACUUCUGAUCAGCGUCACAGCGAUGCUAACCUUGAUGGGGAGCAUUGAAGCAGUUGGGCCCGGGAGAUCUGACAUUGAGGAGAGGUGGGUGAGAGUGUUCCUUGAAGGUAUAUAUAUCUCUUUCAACUCCACAUUUAGAAGCAUUCUUUGACUGGUUGAUGAUUUUGGGUUGCCGUUUCUUUUCUUUCAUUUUUUAAAAUUUAAUGUGGCUUGUGUUUGGCUGAUAGGGAGAUUGAUAUGGUGGGGAGGUAAUGGGAAAUUGGUUGUUGAGUAAUUUGAUUAUUUAUUUAUAUAUAUUCAGUAGUAGUUUUCUUUGGU